UGAAACUGUUCCAUUGUGUGUUGAAGUUGUCGGUUUAAUUGUGCCUGUUUUAUAGCUAGUAUCAUCUACACGACUAUUUUUAGAUGCACGGUUCAUGCUGCAUCUGCUAUAGUGACGAUGCGACCUGGCUAAACACAGAGAUAGAAAAGAUAAACCAAGUGUUGAAGACUUGGCCACGGAGACGUGUCUUAACAAUGUCAGUCACUGGAGACCGUAAGGGUCUCAGAUGUGAAAUCUGCUUAAAAUAUUUCACGUUUAAGUCCUUCCUAGACGUGCAUAUGCGCGUUCAUACUGGCGAGAAGCCUUUCAGAUGUGAAGUGUGCAAAAAAUGUUUUGCAUCCAAUUCCAGCUUAAAAAAGCAUAUAUCCAUUCAUAAUAGUGAAAGCGGUUUUAAAUGUGCCACGUGCACAAGAUGUUUUCUAUCCAAUUCCAGCUUAAAAAAGCAUCUGUCCAUUCAUAAUAGUGAAACGGGUUUCAGUUGUGAAGUGUGUACGAAAUGUUUUGCAAGGGCUGACAGCUUAAAGUGGCAUCUGUUCAGUCAUACUGGUGUAAAACGUUUCAAAUGUGAAGUGUGUACAAAACGCUUUAAAGGCAGCUAUCUCUUAAAACAGCAUAUGUUGAAUCAUACCGGUGAAACACCUUUCAAAUGUGAGGUGUGCAAAAGCGGUUUUAAAAGAAGUGGAAACUUAAAACGGCAUAUGCAGAUUCAUACUGGUGAAAACCCUUUCAAAUGUGAAGUGUGCAACAAAUGUUUUAGAAAUGAUUACCUUUUAAAGCAGCAUGCGGUGAUUCAUUCUGAUGAAAGACCUUACAAAUGUGAAGUGUGCUCAAAACGUUUUACACGCAGUUCCUGCUUAAAACGGCAUAUGUGGUGUCAUACUAAUGAAAAACGUUUCAAAUGUGAAGUGUGCACAAAACGUUUUCCACGCAGUUCCUGCUUAAAACGGCAUAUGUUGAUCCAUACUGGCGAGAAACGUUUCAAAUGUGAAGUGUGCACGAAACGAUUUGGACAUGCUAACGAUCUAAAACGGCAUAUGUUGAUUCAUACUGGUGAAAAACGUUUCAAAUGUGAAGUGUGCACGAAACGAUUUGCAUUCAGUGGCACGUUAAAACGGCAUAUGUUGAUUCAUACUAGUGAAAAAGCUUUCAAAUGUGAAGUGUGCACGAAACGAUUUGCAUCCAAUGGCACAUUAAAACAACAUAUGUUGAUUCAUACUGGUGAAAAACGUUUCAAAUGUGAAGUGUGCACGAAACGAUUUGCAUUCAUUGGCACGUUAAAACGGCAUAUAUUGAUUCAUACUGGUGAAAAACCUUACAAAUGUGAAAUGUGCACAAAAUGCUUUACACAUAAUACCACCUUAAAACACCAUAUGUUGAGUCAUACUGGUAACUAACUUUAGUAAUGGGACGUGUGUGCAUAACGUUUUAUACACGGGCACAGCUUAAAACGGCAUAUGUUGAUUCAUAUUAAAGUAGUGUCGGAAAUAGAAUUAAAAUGAUUUUCUUUCAUAUUAAAGUGACAAGUACAUAUUUUGUAAAUACCUAUUUAAUGAUUCUCUACCUAAU